AUGCAGAGCGCAGCGAGUGGAGCACUCAAGAGGAGGGGCUGGCCAUGUGGCCAGCUGCUCCAGGCUGCAAACAGCCAGUGAGUAUACUUCCAUGCAAGAUAUUACACUUAACAGUGACUUACCAAGCGAACUUCAGAAAGUUUGUACCUCAAACCAUGAAAAUGAAGGAGAACGUGUGUCGCGGCCAUGGGGUCUAUAAAUAGGGGCGCACCCCAGCCGUGACACAGGUGUACACGGGAGUAAAUCUGUAAAUCCUCACCUCGGAUGUAUCCCUCCACCACGGAGUGAUACCAAUAUAUUGGAGUGAUCAAAUAUAGUGAAACAUCAAAUCAAAUCAAAUUUUAUUUGCCACAUGCGCCGAAUACAACAGGUGUAGACCUUAGAGUGAAAUGCUUACUUACAAGCCUUAACCAACAAUGCAGUUUUAAGAAAGACAAAAAAAGUGUUAAGUAAAAAAUAGAUAAGUAAAAAAUAAAAAUAGCAAAUAAUUAAAGAGCAGCAGUAAAAUAAAAUAACAUUAGGGAGGCUACAUACAGGGGGUACCGGUACAGAGUCAAUGUGCGGGGGCACAGGUUUACACCUCCUGCGCCUGACUCCGUCCAAAUCACCCGCCACAGAAUCACACACCCGAACAGCAUGGAGUCAGCAGGAGCGGGGAAUAUGCCUGGAGUCGUUGAGCGGGUCCGGGAGCAUUCCAACAUGUAAGCCAGCUUGGGCGAAGCGAUGGAUCAGGUUCUCCAGGCCGUCCAGCGCCUGGAGAGGAGAGGACCCGACCCUGCGGAACCAGCUGAGCGACCGGAUCCAGCCACCCACACACCAGCACCCAGAGGUAUUCAACUGUCCCGACCGAGGGAAUACGAUGGGACAGCGGCCCGCUGCCAGGGUUUCCUCCUGCAGCUGGACCUCUAUUUCAACACCAUCAGCCCUGCUCCAUCGGAUCGGGAGAAGGUGUCCGCCCUCGUCUCCUGCCUCUCGGGGUAAGCCCUGGAGUGGGCCAACACGGUCUGGAGUGAAGGAGGAGACGCGUUGGACAACUACAGAGAGUUUGCUCACCUCUUCCGGGCAGUCUUCGAUCAUCCCCCCGAAGGAAGAGAGGCGGGCGAGCGUCUGGUCCAUCUGAGGCAGGGGACGAGGACCACUCAAGACAGCUCCAGUGUCACUCUUGUGGCAAGAGAGGACAUUCUGCUGCACGAUGUCGUCACAGUUCUUCUGGUUCUGGAGGCGGCAGGUAGGGCACUCUCGCGUCACCCCAGGUAGCGCAAACCCACACUCAUUCAGAGCCCUCUGCUGCGCAUUUCACCAUCCACGUCAACUUCCCUGAUUACACAGUAGUUCCCCAAUGUAAGGCGCUGGUAGAUUCAGGCGCAGCUGGGAACUUUAUGGACAGGUCUUUAGCUCUUAGUCUAUGUAUUCCAUUGGUUCGCCUGUCUGUUCCAUUACCCAUCAAAGCACUUGACAAUCGACCAUUAGGGUCAGGUUUUGUUAGGGGGGUUGUAGCACCAGUCACUAUGAUUACGCAGGAGACCCAUAAUGAGCAAAUCACGUUUCACAUUAUUCAGUCCCCUGAUUUCCCUGUUGUGAUGGGGCUUCCCUGGCUAGCACUACACGACCCCACCUUUUCAUGGCCACAGAGGGCUCUCACGGGGUGAUCGUGAUUGUCAGGGUAGGUGUCUAGCUCUUUCUGUUGGUGCGACCACGGUGGAAAGUCCAGACAAUACCUCCACCGUGCGCAUUCCCCCCGAAUACCUUGAUUUGGCGCACACGUUUUCCAAAACUCAGGCGACCAAAUUACCACCCCAUCGGGCGGGGGAUUGCGCGAUAAACCUCCGGUUAGACGCUGUGCCGCCCAGGAGUCAUGUAUAUCCCGUCGCAGGCGGAAACGGAGGCUAUGGAAACAUAUGUCUCCGAGUCCCUGCGUCAGGGGUUCAUACGUCCUUCGACUUCACCCGCCUCCUCAAGUUUAUUUUUCGUGAAGAAGAAAGACGGGGGUCUGCGCCCUUGCAUUGAUUACCGUGCACUUAAUAAAACGACCAUUCGCUAUAGUUAUCCUCUACCCCUCAUUUCCUCUGUGAUCGAAUCAAUGCAUGGGGCGCGCUUCUUCACGAAAUUAGAUCUCGGGAGUGCGUACAACCUGGUGCGUGUCCGGGAAGGGGACGAGUGGAAGACAGCAUUUAGCACAACCACGGAGCAUUAUGAAUACCUGGUGAUGCCGUACAGGUUGAUGAAUGCUCCAGUCCUUUGUGAACGAGGUGUUUCAGGACAUGCUUGGUCGCGGUGUGGUGGUCUACAUCGAUGACAUCCUGGUGUAUUCCGCUACUCGCGCCGAGCAUGUGUCCCUGGUUCGCAGAAUGCUGGGCCGACUGUUGGAGCAUGACCUGUAUGCCAAGGCAGAAAAGUGUCUGUUCUUCCAACAAUCCGUCUCAUUCCUCGAAUACCACAUCACCAACUCAGGUGUAGAGAUGGUGGGAUACCGCAUUUCAGCCGUGUGUAAUUGGCAGACUUCAACCACGGUAAAGGAGGUGCAGCGCUUCCUUGGCUUUGCCAAUUACUAUCGGAGGUAUAUCCGGGGCUUUGGCAAGGUUGCAGCUCCCAUCACCUCUCUGUUGAAGGGUGGGCCAUCCCGGCUCCGCUGGUAUGCUAAGGCUGACAGGGCUUUCAGUAACCUGAGGGCUCUGUUCACCUUAGCCCCGGUACCUGCCCAUCCCGAUCCAUCAUUGCCCUUCAUGGUGGAGGUGGAUGCGUCCAAGGUAGGGGUAGGCACUGUCCUAUCCCAAUGCUCGGGCACGCCACCCAAGCUCCGCCCCUGUGCCUUCUUCUCUAAGAAGCUCAGCCCGGCGGAGCAGAACUAUGAUGUUGGUGAUCGGGAGCUGUUGGCUGUUGUCAGAGCCCUGACAGCGUGGAGGCACUGGGUUGAGGGGGCGAAACACCCUUUCCUCGUCUGGACUGACCACCGUAACCUGGAGUACAUCCGGGCAGCGAGGAGGCUGAACCCUCGCCAGGCCAGUUGGGCCUUGUUCUUCAGCCAGUUUGAUUUCACGCUGUCCUAUAUACCAGGCACUAAGAACGUGAAGGCAGACGCACUGUCAUGGCUGUACGACACAGAGGAGAGACCCAUAGACAACACCCCCAUACUCCCGGCCUCCUGCAUUGUGGUGCCGGUGGUGUGGGCGGUGGACGCGGACAUAGAGCGGGCAUUACGCACAGAGCCAUCUCCACCUCAGUGCCCAGCUGGGCUGCGGUACAUGCCGUCUAGUGUCCGUGAUUGUCUUAUCUAUUGGGCACACACUUCCCCCUCCUCUGGUCACCCAGGCAUCGGCCGUACAGUGCGCUGCCUGACCGGGAAGUACUGGUGGCCUACCUUGGCUAAGGACAUGAGGGUGUAUGUCUCCUCCUGCUCGGUGUGCGCCCAGAGAAAGGCAUCUAGGCACCUUCCAGUGGGUAAGUUACAUCCCUUACCAGUUCCACAAUGGCCAUGGUCCCACUUAUCGAUUGACUUUCUAACUGAUCUUCCCCUCUCUCAGGUAACACCACCAUCCUGGUCGUUGUGGACCCCUUCUCUAAAGCCUGCCGCCUCCUUCCUCUGCCCGGUCUCCCCACGGCCCUGCAAACUGCGGAAGACCUGUUUACUCACGUCUUCCGGCACUACGGGGUGCCAAAGGACAUAGUGUCUGACCGUGGUCCCCAGUUUACGCCUAGGGUCUGGAAGGCGUUCAUGCAAUGUCUGGGUGUCUCGGUCAGCCUGGGUUUCACCCCGAAUCUAAUGGGCAGGUGGAACGGGUGAAUCAGGAUGUGGGUAGGUUCCUGCGGUCCUACUGCCAGGACCGUCGGUGUUCUUGCCAUGGGCCGAAUAUGCCUAGAACUCUCUCCGCCACUCCUCCACCAACCUAUCACCAUUUCAAUGUGUUUUAGGGUAUCAUCCGGUCCUGGCACCGUGGCAUCAGAGCCAGACCGAAGCUCCUGUGAUGGACGACUGGUUUCAGCGCAUGGAGGAGAUGUGGAAAGCCGCCCACGUCCACCUCCAGUGCGCCGUGCGUUGCCAGAAAGCCAAUGCUGACUGCCACCACAGUGAGGCCCCGGUCUUUGUACCGGGUGAUUGGAUCUGGCUCUCGACCCGGAACCUGCCCCUCCGUCCUGCCCUACCGGAAGCUGAGCCCGCGGUUUGUGGGGCCGUUCAAAGUCCUGAGGAGAAUUAACGAGGUUACGUAUUGGUUGCUGCUCCCUCCUGAUUAUCGUAUUAACCCCUCGUUUCAUGUAUCUCUCCUUAGGCUGGUGGUGGCUGGUCCGCUCCAGGAGUCUGAGGUGAGGGAGGUCCUUCCGCCCCUUCUGGACAUCGAGGGGGCCCCGGCGUCCGUUCCACCCUGGAUUCGAGGUGUCGGGUGGGGAGCCUUCAGUACCUCGUGGAGUGGGAGGGGUACGGUCCGGAGGAGCGGUGCUGGGUCCCGGUGAAGGAUUUCCUCGAUCCCUCCCUGUUGUGGGAUUUCCACCGUCGCCAUCCGGCUCGCCCUGCUCCGCGUCCUCCUGGCCGUCCCCGAGGUCGGUGUCGGCACGCUGCUGGUGCUGCACGUUAAGGGGGGGGGGGGGGGGGGGGUACUGUCACGACUUCCUCCAAAGCUGCCUCCUUGUUCCGGCAGGCUUCAGCGUUCGUCGUCACCGGCCUUCCAGCCACUGCCGCUCCUCUUCUCAUCAUUCCAUUUGUUUUGUUUUGUUUUUUUACACACACCUGGUUCAUAUCCCCUCAUCAGUCCCUGUAUAAGUAUUCCCUCUGCCCCCCAUGUCUUUGUGUGUGAUUGUUUCCAUGUGGAGGUGUCGAUAGCUCGGUGGAGCAUUAUGUACUUUGUUUCCGGGAUAUUCACCCAUGUGUUUUGUUUUCCCCGGUGCGCCAUUAAGUCGCACUGUAGUUGUUUUACGCAUUGCUGCGAACCGCUGUAUUGGCCGAAUAAACCAUUAUUCUGUGAUUUACACCUCCUGUGCCUGACUCCGUCCAAAGCACCCGCCACACUCUGUCUCUUUCUCAUGUGAAUGACGGGGAUUUGGGCCUUGUCAGGUGUCUGUAGAAUAUCCUUCGGUCCGACUCGUUUAAGAACAAAUCUUUGUCCAAAUGAGGUGAGUAAUCGCUGUCCUGAGAUCCAGAAGCUAUUUUUGGUCAUAAGAGACGAUGGCAGAAACAUUAUGUACAGAAUACAUUUCAAAUAACGCGAAAAAACACACAUAAUACUACAAAUGGUUAGAGGGCUGUAAAACAGCAGCCAUCUUCUCUGGCGCCAUAACGUUGAGGGAGAGCGCACACCUGAGCAUGCAUAGAAGUAGGCCUACCUGGCCUGAGCAUGCAUAGAAGUAGGCCUACCUGGUCUGCUGCAUGCGAAUGUAGGAAAGUGCCCAUUUGGCAAUGUCUGAUUUCUGAUUGUCUUAACUCACCACGUCCACCACUAAUAAGCUGAGCUUCUCAGUAAUUUUUUCUUCACCUCACACAUUGUAAACAAAGUAUUUUAUUUUUAUUUUUCAUCCAUUGCAAAUGAUAGUUCCUCAGUAUUUGAAAAAUCAUUCCAACACUCCCGGCCUCGAUAAUCACCAAGCCUCGGUGUGAAAGAGCAAAAUAUAAUGAUCUGAUGAUCACAUACAGUGGGGAAAAAAAGUAGGCCUGUCGAAUCAGUUCGACAGGCCUCUGAUAUCUAUAGCAGGCACGUUUUUUUCACGGGACCUCCUAUGUGUGCACGCACUAGAGUGUUAGAGUAAAGCCCAUGGGCAGCUCGUGAGUUUCAAGUUUGGGGAAGCUUACAAUUUAUCCUACCAUUUCUACCGAUCUGCGUGAAAGUUAUGAUUGUUUUUAUAUGCACAUUUUUGUGGAACAGUUUCAUUUCAAUAAAAAUGUUUUCGUUUCUCAAAAUCAUUGUCACAUGGUUAAUCAUAAAAAUCUGAAGUAAAAUUAUAAAAAUCUAAAAGUUAAAAUUCAACUAAGGCGAGAGCACCAUCCUUGAUACACUGUGGUACAUUGGCGGCUAAAGAAAUUAGCGCAUAGAACUCAGAGAUAGCCUAUAAGCCAAUGCAGGAGUAGGUCUAUAACUUUGUCAACUAAGUAAAAUACAUAGGCCUAAAGCCGACCAAAUAAAAACAGUAGAAAAUAUCCUGAUGAAAAUUCUGGUUCUUUCAAUCACAUUCAUCUCUCUACUCCCUUUCUAUGUCUUGACUUGAGCUAUUGCUAGUGAAGUGCAACAUUGUAUGAAAUCAUCAACUGGAUCCGUCCCGUUUCCACCGGAUAUACAGUGGGGGAAAAAAGUAUUUAGUCAGCCACCAAUUGUGCAAGUUCUCCCACUUAAAAAGAUGAGAGAGGCCUGUAAUUUUCAUCAUAGGUACACGUCAACUAUGACAGGCAAAUUGAGGAAAAAAAAUCCAGAAAAUCACAUUGUAGUGGUGGAAAAUAUGGUGGAAAUUAAGUAUUUGGUCACCUACAAACAAGCAAGAUUUCUGGCUCUCACAGACCUGUAACUUCUUCUUUAAGAGGCUCCUCUGUCCUCCACUCGUUACCUGUAUUAAUGGCACCUGUUUGAACUUGUUAUCAGUAUAAAAGACACCUGUCCACAAGCUCAAACAGUCACACUCCAAACUCCACUAUGGCCAAGACCAAAGAGCUGUCAAAGGACACUAGAAACAAAAUUGUAGACCUGCACCAGGCUGGGAAGACUGAAUCUGCAAUAGGUAAGCAGCUUGGUUUGAAGAAAUCAACUGUGGGAGCAAUUAUUAGGAAAUGGAAGACAUACAAGACCACUGAUAAUCUCCCUCGAUCUGGGGCUCCACGCAAGAUCUCACCCCGUGGGGUCAAAAUGAUCACAAGAACGGUGAGCAAAAAUCCCAGAACCACAAGGGGGGACCUAGUGAAUGACCUGCAGAGAGCUGGGACCAAAGUAACAAAGCCUACCAUCAGUAACACACUACGCCGCCAGGGACUCAAAUCCUGCAGUGCCAGACGUGUCCCCCUGCUUAAGCCAGUACAUGUCCAGGCCCGUCUGAAGUUUGCUAGAGUGCAUUUGGAUGAUCCAGAAGAGGAUUGGGAGAAUGUCAUAUGGUCAGAUGAAACCAAAAUAGAACUUUUUGGUAAAAACUCAACUCGUCGUGUUUGGAGGACAAAGAAUGCUGAGUUGCAUCCAAAGAACACCAUACCUACUGUGAAGCAUGGGGGUGGAAAUAUCAUGCUUUGGGGCUGUUUUUCUGCAAAGGGACCAGGACGACUGAUCCGUGUAAAGGAAAGAAUGAAUGGAGCCAUGUAUCGUGAGAUUUUGAGUGAAAACCUCCUUCCAUCAGCAAGGGCAUUGAAGAUGAAACGUGGCUGGGUCUUUCAGCAUGACAAUGAUCCCAAACACACCGCCCGGGCAACGAAGGAGUGGCUUCGUAAGAAGCAUUUCAAGGUCCUGGAGUGGCCUAGCCAGUCUCCAGAUCUCAACCCCAUAGAAAAUCUUUGGAGGGAGUUGAAAGUCUGUGUUGCCCAGCGACAGCCCCAAAACAUCAUUGCUCUAGAGGAGAUCUGCAUGGAGGAAUGGGCCAAAAUACCAGCAACAGUGUGUGAAAACCUUGUGAAGACUUACAGAAAACGUUUGACCUGUGUCAUUGCCAACAAAGGGUAUAUAACAAAGUAUUGAGAAACUUUUGUUAUUGACCAAAUACUUAUUUUCCACCAUAAUUUGCAAAUAAAUUCAUAAAAAAUCCUACAAUGUGAUUUUCUGGAUUUUCUUUCCUCAUUUUGUCUGUCAUAGUUGACGUGUACCUAUGAUGAAAAUUAGAGGCCUCUCUCAUCUUUUUAAGUGGGAGAACUUGCACAAUUGGUGGCUGACUAAAUACUUUUUUCCCCCACUGUAUAUCCGGUGGAAACGGGACGGAUCCAGUUGAUGAUUUCAUACAAUGUUGCACUUCACUAGCAAUAGCUCAAGUCAAGACAUAGAAAGGGAGUAGAGAGAUGAAUGUGAUUGAAAGAACCAGAAUUUUCAUCAGGAUAUUUUCUACUGUUUUUAUUUGGUCGGCUUUAGGCCUAUGUAUUUUACUUAGUUGACAAAGUUAUAGACCUACUCCUGCAUUGGCUUAUAGGCUAUCUCUGAGUUCUAUGCGCUAAUUUCUUUAGCCGCCAAUGUACCACAGUGUAUCAAGGAUGGUGCUCUCGCCUUAGUUGAAUUUUAACUUUUAGAUUUUUAUAAUUUUACUUCAGAUUUUUAUGAUUAACCAUGUGACAAUGAUUUUGAGAAACGAAAACAUUUUUAUUGAAAUGAAACUGUUCCACAAAAAUGUGCAUAUAAAAACAAUCAUAACUUUCACGCAGAUCGGUAGAAAUGGUAGGAUAAAUUGUAAGCUUCCCCAAACUUGAAACUCACGAGCUGCCCAUGGGCUUUACUCUAACACCCUAGUGCGUGCACACAUAGGAGAUCCCGUGAAAAAAACGUGCCUGGCUAUAGAUAUCAGAGGCCUGUCGAACUGAUUCGUUCUGGUGCCGGCCCUGAGCACAUGACUAAAGUGUACAUUGAAUGCAAAUAAAGCAUAAGCUUACUACUGAGAUAAAACGAUCUUACCCCCGUCAGUGACGUGCUCCCAACUCCCCAUAUCCCUUUUGAAGACAAAGGGAAAGACAGAAACAAGAAAAUAUUACUGUUGCUGAAAACAAACUACCACUCCCCUUCCCACCCACCACAGCUUUCAGCUUUCAGUGAAUUAUCGACUAAAACUUAACCAAAGUCUAUUAAAACUUUCCCUCUGGUGAGCGCUUGUGGAUUUAGAAAUUUGAUCUGGGUGGCAGGUGGCAGUUAAUUUCCAAGAGAAGAAACGCUUCAAUGUUGAUAUAACAUUGAAUUAUUCAUCUCUGACUUGUCUUCUGUGUCUUGGUGCAUUUUUUCUCUCUCAGGAAAAAUAUCAAGGCGUCUGCGGUGUGCCAGUACUCCUUCACAGAUAUACAGAGGGCCUUCGAGGGGCCUUACAUGGAGGUGCAGGAUUCCAAAUGGAGGGAAUAUACAGGGAAGGUUCCAGUACCAAGGCCUGGCUCAGUAAGUCUCUAGUAAUACCCCUCUAUUUCCCUGCUACAGAAAACCUUAUUCCCCCUUCUCUCCCUCCCCUUGCCCCCAUUUCUUACUAUCUUUGGAUCAAUCUCAAUACUCUCUACACAGUGUCCUCCUUUCCUUGUCUUCUUUCCUGCAUCUAGAAAGACUGAGUUGGUGAAAGCAGUAUUUAGACUGCUUCCACCAAUUCAGUCUUUCUAUAGUUAUUGUAUAUGCUGAUGUAGGGAAGGAGAGGAGAAGAGGAAGGCCCUUAAUGCUAUUGAGGUGCAGCCUUGUCUCUAUUUCUGUCUCAAUCACUAUUUUCUGAUCUGUAUUGACUUCUCUCUCUCUUUCCCUCUCCGACCUCUCUUUCUCUCACUGCCCUUCCUCGCUCCAGUGUAUUACAGACAUACACAGGUCCCAGGGCAUCAACUCGUCCCGUGACCUCCCAGACAACGUGUUGGCCUUUGCGAGGCAGCACCCCUUGAUGUCCACCCAGGUCCACCCCAUAGGAGGGCACCCCCUACUGUUCAAGAGAAGUGUCAAUUACGGAAAGAUGGCCGUGCACAGGGUGGCAGCCCUGGACGGACACGUCUACACCGUGCUCUUCUUGGGAACUGGUGAGUCUGGCAAGAUUUAUAAUGCAUAAUACAUAGAACAUAAGGAAUAGUUGAAUACUUAUUUAACUUAGUUUUUUCUUCUUUUAAUGUUGUAUGAGAGUUAUCAAUGUUAUAUGAAUGUUAUGAACGUUAUAUUAAUGUUAUAUCAUAUGAAUGUUAUAUGAAGGUUAUAUGAACGUUGUAUGAAGGUUAUAUGAACGUUUUAUGAAGGUUAUAUGAAUGUUGUAUGAACAUUAAAUGUCUGUUUUUCCCUGCAGAUGAGGGCUGGCUGCACAGGGCUGUGGAGAUAGGAGGUCAAAUGCACAUCAUAGAGGAGCUGCAGCUGUUUGUGAACCCUCAGCCUAUAGACAGCAUGGUCAUCUCCCAGACACAGGUACUACACAUGGCACAUGCAUGCUUAUAAAGCAUUAUACCUGUUGGCUUUGAGUACAGUGUUAUCAAAAUGGUAUUAAACAUAAAUUAUCCAUCAACAGGGAAGUAUCUUUGUGGGCUCAAACUCUGCAGUGCUCCAGGUCCCCUUGUCCUCCUGCCAGCGCUACACGUCCUGUUUCGACUGUGUGUUCGCCCGGGACCCCUUCUGUGGCUGGGACGGGGCGCUGUGUGUGGAAAUUUCCUCACGCACAAACAGGUGAGAGCACACACACACACACACACACACAUUUUAUUAGAAUUAGAAGAAGCUAUCAUUAUUUUAUAUCAAUGCUCUCACCAUAAUAUUUUUUAUGUUGAUUUAGAAUAGUUUACAAACAUUCUAUGAAGUACAAGUAUUAUGUUCUAUUUUCUGUGUUAUUCCAUAUACUGUAAUUUAUAAUACAAAUCAAGUUACUCCUGUUUAACUUUGUACUGUUUCUGUAUGCCUGCUCUGCCUGUACAUACAGUAUGUGUGGGUGCCCACUGCCCAGAAAGAAUAAAUGAGAACUGACAUUCUUCUGGCUCCUAUUCAGGUCCAAUUUAACCCAGGAUAUACAGAGAGGGAAAAGAGGCUGUGACAACAGCACAGGAGCAGGUAUGAACUAAACACACACACCACUGGCGUAGCACACACCCCCGCAGCCCCCGCAAGGCGGGGGGGGGGGGCACAAAUGUAGCAUAUGAACAUGUCAUAAGCUAUGAUUCUUGUGGGGCGGAAUUACAGGAAAUUAGCUUUAAAACUGCUAAAUUUUCUCUCAGCAUCAUGGCAAAAUGUGUAAAAUAACAUGAGAUUAGCUAUAAAACUAUUUAAAAAAUGGGUUGGGGGGGGCCCCCGCAAAACUGCGCUACGCCACUGACACACACAUUGCACAUGCUCGUGACCUGAUGUCCGUUUCUGUAUUAAUCUCUCUCUCCUGCUCUCUCUCUCUGUAUAUCCUGCUUUCUCUCUCUCUCUUGUUCUCCGUCUAUCCUGCACUCUCUCCUUCUAUCUAUCUCUCUUUCGCUCUCUCGCUCUCUCGCUCUCCCUCUCUCUCUCGUUCUCUUUCUCACCCUCUCUCUCCCUCUCUCAGUAGUCCACCGCAGGCGUACGGUGAUGUCUGGGGACGAUGUCCUCCUCCAUUGCGAUCUGCACUCCAACCUAGCCACUCCAUGCUGGACCCUGGAUGGCCGCAAGCUCCAGGGCUACGGCCUCGACUCGGGCCAUCGUGUGGGCACCGACGGCCUGCUCCUCAUCGGCGCCCGGCCCGACCAGAGCGGAGACUAUUGCUGCUACGCCGUGGAGAACAACGUGUGGGUGCCAGUGAGGAUGUACACCGUGAGGGUGCACCCUGACCUGCCUUUCUCUGUGGGGCCAACAGCCGUGACGGACACCACUACCACCCCACCAAGCCCUUCUCUUUCCCCCAGCAGCCCCACUGAGCAGCCCCUGCCCUCCCCGCCUGCUCCCCUCCUCCCUGUGCCUGAGUUCCAGACCUACAGGCACAUGGAGGCCAUGUAUAUCUCCCUGGUGGCUGUGCUUGGCGGGAUGUGCCUGGUGCUGACCGUAGUGCUGCUCUACGUCAGCUUCUGCACCUGGGGGCCCUACCAGGGCUGCAAGUACUCCCAGCAGGGGCUGCCUGAGUCGGGGGCCGCAGCCAAGAGGAAGAGGAGCUCCCACCUGGAGCUCAAGACCAUCUCCAGCCACUGUAACGGCAGGCAGGAAAUCAAGCGCGGACGCCGCUCCCUGUCGGUAUCCAACAUGGACGACAUGGGUGAUGGCUUCCUCCAGAUCGUGCCCGGGGAAGGGUCUCCGGGGAAGUCGCUGCCCCCUCCCGCUCCGCCGCUCCCAAUGCCGCCACCCCUGCCCUCCUCGGAGUACGCAUCGUCAGAGUACACCAACGGGAUGUCGGCGACGUUACCCAACGUCCUUCGCAAGAUGAACGGCAACAGCUACGUGCUGCUGAGGCAGAUGGCGGACCCCGAGGGGAGCACGUCUCCCCUCUACCACUCGUUCACUGAAGAGCUCAACCGCAUCCUGGAGAAGAGGAAGCACACGCAACUGGACCCCCAGCCGACAGACGAGAGCUCCGUCUAG